AUAUCGGCCGCAAAGAGACGAAGUUGCAGCGGCCCUUAUACCAAUGAUCUCAUAUCACACCUCUCAGAUAUCCCCCUGAUCUCUCCUGUCCGGCUCCUUCCCCAAUCGCUCCCGCAGUGACCUUGAAUGGCGUUUCCCCUCCCGCGGGGCAUCACGCCCCCGGAGAUCUCGUUUCUGGCUGAGAUGGAGAUGGUCAGCAUCCUUCCACGACAGCGGUUGGAAGGGCUUGAACUUCUAGGGGGACCCAUCGAACCUCUCCUCCCCCCCCGGCGGGCAACCCUCCCCCUUUGGCUCGCCCUCCUCCUCAAACGCCAACGCCGCGCAAACAUCCUCCCCCCAUCCUGGCUCCACCCCGAAUCCCUCUCCCUCAUCCUCGACAUCGAAACCCAGCACGGCGACUCAAAAGGCGCAUUCUCACCACCCCCGCCUCUCCCCAACCAGCCCAGCGCCCAAGAGCACUACCAAAAGCGGCCGGUCGCCAUCCCGCACUACACGCCCGACGGGAACCGAUACUUCCCCUCGUCGCCGUUCCUCCCGCAGAACGUGGCCGUGGAUCAAGGACCUGUGGGAGAGGCGCCUCGCCUUCCGUUUCAUUGGUUGGAGGUCGGGACGAUGCUCUUGGAGGCUGCGAGCGAUGAUCUGGUGGAUCCGGAUCAGACAAGGCGGUUGUUGAAGGAGCUGAGGGAGGUUCGCUCGUCGAAGAUGCGGUCCGGCGUGGAUGUGCUGGAUUCAGCGGCUGUUGGUGGGAAUGUUGUCUCUUUGACUGGUGUUGGGGCUAUGGAGAUCGGAGAGGGCCGGGGGUUUAUCUCUGGGGUGGUGGAUGGACUGAGGCGAAUCGGCGCGUCGAAGGAGCAAGCACGUCGGGAGCAAAUGGCAGGAGAAAUGGGUUCUGGCGGAUACGGCGCUACCCAAGACGACGACGAUGACGACGACAUGGAAUUCUGAAGUGCCACGCAACUCUCUUGUUGGAUGUCUAUAGCCUAUUCUGGCUUUCUUGUUUGGAGUUACAGGCGGUUCCUUAGUGCCACAUUUUGCUGAAAGGCGCAUUUCUAUGUAUAUA